UCUUCCCUCCUAUCUCCUUUACUCUCUCACCACACGUUCUUCUCAUCUCUUUUCCUCCAAGAAUUCUCUCGUUAUUAUCCUUGCGCUUCUAAUCAUUCUAUCAAGAACCAGAAUAGCAAAACACAAUCGAACCGAUGGCGGAUUGGGGUCCGGUAAUAGUAGCGACGGUGCUGUUCGUCUUGCUGAGCCCCGGCUUGUUGUUUCAGAUACCAGGCAAGGGCAAGGUCGUCGUGUUCGGGAACAUGCAAACCAGUGGAGCUUCCAUCUUCGUCCACUCCAUCAUCUACCUAGGUCUCAUUACCAUCUUCGUCAUCGCCAUUGGAGUUCACAUAUACAUUGAUAAUUAAUAAAAUUAGUGUCGUCCUCAUCUUUUACUAUGUAUUGUUUACUUCCUUUCGUU